CAAACGUCAGAGCAGAUCCUUUCGCUAUUUGUCAAAACGGGAUCAACUGCGUGGUGAGAAAUCCACACCCGGAAUACGGACCAAAACGCUCGAAAACGGUGCAAAUCGGUGGAAAAUUUCUCAUAAAGCAAGUGACCAGUGUGUGCUACAGCGAAUGUCAACAUGUCCCGAUACAUGCAACGGCCUGAAAAUGCCUUAAAACGGGCAAAUGAAUUCAUCGAGGUGGGUAAACCUGCCCGUGCUUUGGAUACACUCCAGGAGGUGUUCCGCAUCAAGAAAUGGACCUACACUUGGUCCGAAUCGGUGAUCGAACCGAUUAUGUUCAAAUAUCUGGAUCUUUGUGUGGAACUGAAAAAGUCGCACAUCGCCAAGGAAGGUUUGUUCCAGUACAGGAAUAUGUUCCAGCUGGUGAACGUAGGUUCGCUGGAAAAUGUUAUCCGCGGCUAUCUGAAAAUGGCCGAAGAGAAAACGGAGGCGGCUCAGCUGCAAUCCUCGCAGGCAAUUCUGGAUAUUGACGACCUGGAUAAUUUGGCCACGCCCGAAUCAAUCCUGAUGAGUGCCGUUUGCGGUGAGGAUGCUCAGGAUCGUUCCGAUCGUACCAUCCUGUUACCGUGGGUUAAGUUUUUGUGGGAAAGUUACUGCCAGUGUUUGGAGUUGCUGAAGGUUAACUCUCACUGUGAAAACCUGUACCAUGACAUCGCGAAGAUGGCUUUUCAGUUCUGUCUGAAAUACAACCGUAAGAUGGAGUUUCGUAAGCUGUGCGAGAAGCUAAGGAAGCAUCUGGAGGAUAUUUGCAAAGUUAGCUCACAGACUGCAAAUGUUAGCAUCUCCAAACCCGAAACGCAACAACUGAAUUUGGAUACGCGUCUGCAUCAACUGGACUGUGCCAUUCAAAUGGAGCUUUGGCUGGAGGCGUACAAGGCUAUCGAGGAUAUCCACGGUCUGAUGAUGCUCUCGAAGAAAACGCCAAUGCCAAAGACGAUGGCGUUGUACUAUCAGAAGCUGGCAAUGGUUUUCUGGAAGGCUGGCAAUCAAUUGUUCCAUGCAGCUGCGCUCCUCAAGCUUUUCCAACUGUCGAGAGACAUGAAGAAAAACGUUACUCAGGAGGAAAUUCAGCGAAUGACUUCGCAUGUACUGAUCGCUACAUUAGCGAUUCCACUUCCUUCCGCCCAUCCGGAGUUCGAUCGUUUCAUCGAAACCGACAAGAGUCCACUGGAGAAGGCCCAAAAAUUGGCUGUUCUUCUCGGUCUUCAGCAGCCGCCAUCGCGUGCAUCCUUGUUGAAGGAUUUGCUUCGACUCAAUGUGCUCCAGUUGGCUGCCCCUCAUUUCCAGAACCUCUACAAGUGGUUGGAAGUUGAGUUUGAUCCCUUGAAACUGUGCUCCCAGGUGCAGAGCGUAAUCGACGAGAUUACAGCGGAUGAAAACAGUCCCUACACGCAAUACACUCAGGCCCUGCAGGAUGUUACUUUGGUGCGGCUGGUACGCCAAGUAUCGCAGGUGUAUCAAUCGAUUGAAUUCUCGCGCUUUCUUUCGCUGGCCAAGUUUGCCAACAGUUUCUACUUGGAGCGUAUUCUGGUCGAUUGCGUGCGCCACAAUGACAUGCAGAUAACGAUCGAUCAUCGUAACCGGUGUGUCCACUUCGGUACGGAUUUGAGCGAGAGCCAACGUGAAGACCAUCCGGAUGGUCCGACGCUGCAGUCGAUGCCAUCGGAACAGGUUCGCUCUCAGUUGGUCAACAUGUCCGUGGUUUUGCAUCGUGCCAUUGCCGCUAUCAACCCGAACCGCAAGAAGGCCGAACGGGAGCGACUGCGCACUCAAAUGGUUAAAAACUACGAGGAGAAUAUGGUUAAGGAGCACCAGCGCAUCCUGCAGCGCCAGAAGAAGAUUGAAGAUCGCAAAGAGUACAUCGAGAGGGUGAAUCUGGAGCGCGAGGAGGAAGAACUUCGCCUGCAGGAGGAAGCUGCCCGGCAGCAGAAACUUGUCGAGAUGAGACGUCUCGAGCAGGAGAACGAAGAGCGCGAGAAGAAGCGACAGGAGAACGAAAUCCAGAUGAUUAAGGAGCGCAAUAUGAAGGACAAAAUUGACCAGAUCAAGCAAACGGCCACCGGACAGAAGAUGUUGAAAAAGUACGACGAGGAGGACAUCAAGAAGAUGAAUGCUGAAGAAAUUGCCGCUAGGGAGGCAGAGGAGAGGGUGAAGGAACGCAAGGCCCACGAUAACAAUCUCAAGUCCCAGGAGAAAAAGGUUGACUUCUUCGAACGAGCCAAGCGACUGGAUGAGAUUCCACUGAUCGAGAAAUAUUUGGAGGAUAAACUGGUUCAGGACAAGGAGUUCUGGGAGAAGCAGGAAGCUAGCCGUAUCGAGACAGCUAUCGCCGAGCGAAAGAAUGCGGAAGCGGUGCAGGAACGUUUGAAGAGAAUGCAACCGGAUCGUGAAGUGUUCUGGCAGAAGUUGAAGGGCGAACGAAGCAACCAAUUCGCGGAGAAAUUGAAGGCAUUCAACGCUGCUCUUGAUGAGGAAAGAAAACGCCGUCUGUACGAUCGUGUGCUGCAGCGCCGCGAAGAACGUCGUCAAAAAUGGCUCAAGGAAAAGGAGGAAGAAAGGCGCCGGAUCGAGGAGGAAAUACGCAAACAGAAGGAGGAGGAGGACCGAAUUGAGCGUGAGAAGCGCGCUGAAGAGAGACGGAUAGAAAACGAGAAGGCCCGCUUGAUCAUGGAGAAGCAGCGCGCGAAGGAAGAGGAAAUCGAGAAGAAACUGAACGAGGAACGUGAGCGACUCAAGAUGGGUCGUGAAAAGGAUGCAUGGAGAGAUAGAAGAGAUGCGGAAGCUGCUCCUCCAGCGGCCAGAGCACCAGCGGACGCACCUCUAGCGGCUGCUGAACCCAAGCAGGAAUCCGACUGGAGGAGUUCUGGGGGAAAAGGCGAGCCUAAGGAUGAAGCUCCCAAGAAGGAAGGUGUUUGGCAACCUUCGGGACGCUUCCGUGAUGGUCGUGGUGCAGGAUCAGGUGCAGUCGGUGAACGGCGUGGUGCAGAUGAUCAAGAUAAGUGGCGCCGUGGUGGUCCGCAAGCAGGUGGUGUUGGAGGUGACGAUGCGAAGGAUGAUGGUCCUCGCCGCAUCGGCGACCGGCAGCCGAUGCGCCGUGGAGUAGAUGAUCGUGGACCUAUGAGGCGUGUUGAUCGCGAACGAGACGACCGUGAUGAUCGUGGUCCAAUGCGUCGAAUGGAUCGCCAGCCAAUGCUGCGCGAUGGUGACCGCGAUCGGGACCGUCGGGACUUUGGACGUGAUCGUCGCGAUGAUCGUGCUGCACCUGGACCACGCCGCGAUGGUGAACGUGACCGUGAUGGUGACCGCCGUGGCGAUCGUGAUUCCAUGUGGCGUCGGGGCGGACUCCAGCAGGACGAACGACGUGGAGGCGGGGGCGGGGGCGGACGUGGCGAAGAGGGUGGCAAUUGGAGAACUGGGCCUCGUCAAGAUGCUGCCAAACCGAAGGACGAUCGAAGGGCAGGAGAUGAGCGACCGAAAGAAUCACGCAACACUGGUCCGGACGAGGAUGGCUGGCAAGACGUGAAACACCAUCGUUAGGCCAUGAUGCGCCAUUAAUUGACACACAGGAACGCAUCUACUUUUAAAACACACUAUUUUUUUCGUUAGUGAUACUUGAUAUCGUUUAUGCAAAUCAUUUUUAUGAACUGCACACAACACUAAAAUAGGCGAAAUGGUUUCUUGAGAACGCUUUUACCGCAAAUCAAACCAUAAAUGUGUAAGAUUUUUUUUGUUUCUCUUUUGUUUUCCGAUGACUUGAUAUAUCCGUGCUAAAGUGAUGAUAAAAAAGCAAAAUUUCCUAUGCUGCUGGGAGGAGCGGAACAUUAUUCGUAUAUACAUAUACUUACAGCAUAAGACGAAUAUUAAUUAGAAAUCCAAUUUACCAAUGUUUAAACAAAAAUUCUUUACAUGCAAACUAUCGAACUAUACCGCCCUGAUGGUGAGUUCCGAAAUUGAAACAAGUAUAAAUAUUCUAUCCAGAACUUCAAUAAAAAAUCAACAUGUGUAACCAAAAA